AUGAAUUUUCUUUCUAUAAAGGUUCCCUGGGCCGCCGUGACGCUGCUGUUGCUACUACUGCUGCCACCAGCGCUGCUGUCGCUUGGGGUGGACGCACAGCCUCUGCCCGACUGCUGUCGCCAGAAGACCUGCUCUUGCCGCCUCUACGAACUGUUGCACGGCGCUGGCAACCACGCCGCGGGCAUCCUGACUCUGGGAAAGAGGCGUCCUGGACCCCCAGGCCUCCAGGGCCGGCUGCAGCGCCUUCUGCAAGCCAACGGCAAUCACGCUGCCGGCAUCUUGACCAUGGGCCGGCGCGCAGGCGCAGAGCUAGAGCCACAUCCCUGCCCUGGUCGCCGCUGUCUGACCGCUACCGCCACCGCUUUAGCACCCCGGGGCGGGUCUGGAAUCUGA